AUGGGACGAAAUUUGUUAAUGAGUAGCCUUGAAAAUGCAUCAUUUAAUAUAAUAUUUCAAAUUUUAUUUAGAUGUGUAACAUUUGUGAUAAAUGCAUGGGUCAUUAGGAAUGUUGGACAUGAAGUUCUUGGUAUUAUGAAUGUAAGGCUACUGCUCUUGGAGAGUACAAUACUAUUUCUCAGUCGGGAACCAUUCAAUAGAGCAUGCCUUGGACAAAAAGACGAGUUUAGUUGGAGGCAACUAAUCAACCAAAUUUGGCUUUCUGUACCUGUAAGUUGUUUUCUGUCAAUUGUAUUUGUUUAUAUUUGGCUGAACUGGCUACCACUGGGCCACCCAGAACAUGCCUUCCAAUACACAUUUGGUUGUUGGAGUGUGGCCUUGUCAUGUGUGUUAGAGUUGUGUUCUGCCAAUGUUGCCCUAGUGGCACAACUUUUCUGUUUCAUUAAAUUAAAAGUUGCUCUUGACACUCUCCAUAUCUUUGUAAGAACCUUAUUAUUUUUAUCAAUUGUUAUAUAUGACAGGUCCCUUGCCCUCAUUGCAUUUUCUGUGGCACAAGUAGGCAGCAUUGGAGCUAUAGUAGUCAGUUACUACAUAUUCUUCUAUUGGUACAUCAAAAAUAAACCACUAUAUGGAAAAGGAGCUUUAAAAAGCAAAUUAGUACCUGAAGCAGUUUUGCACAGGCUGUAUGAUAAUAUGGAUGAUUUUCAAUUUACAUCAAUACUAGACUUCUUACCAAAGUACAGUGGAUCAGUAAAUGCAAUGUUUAGUAAGAAAUUAGGCACACUGACACUUAGUUUUGCCAAGCAGGGUGUUGUUAAACAACUGUUAACUGAGGGAGAGAAAUAUGUGAUGUCAGUAAGUCCUGUAAUGAGCUUUAGUGAGCAGGCCACUUAUGAUGUAGUUAACAACUUGGGCAGCCUGGCAGCAAGGUUUGUUUUCAGACCUAUUGAAGACAGCAGCUACUUCUAUUUCACCCAAAUGGUGAGCAGAGAGCUGCCUCUUCACAAGCAAGACCAAAACAAAAUUCAAGAAUCAUGCACAGUAUUGUCACAAGUAUGCAAAACUGUCAGUUCUAUUGGUUUAAUAGUUUUAGUAUUUGGACAAAGUUAUGCUAGAACACUACUCUUGUUGUAUGGAGGAGAGUCAUUUGUUGCAAGUGGCUUGCCAGUGCAAUUACUCAGAAGCCAUUGUUUAGCUAUAGUUUUGCUAGCAGUAAACGGAGUUACUGAAUGUUAUGCAUUUGCUACAAUGACAAGCACACAGUUGAACAGUUAUAAUUAUUUGAUGGUACUAUUUUCGAUAAGUUUUCUUUUAUUGUCAUAUGUUUUAACUUAUCUCUUCGGACCAGUAGGUUUUAUUGUAUCAAAUUGUAUUAAUAUGUUUGCUAGGAUAGUUCAUAGUGUUCAUUUUAUCAGUAACAAAUACAAAGGUACAGAUUAUAAGCCAUUGGAAGGUCUCUAUGUUGGUAAAAUUUUUUUGUUGACUUUAUUCAUAGCAGGCUGUGUUUGUAAAUUGUCUGAAAAUAAGAUAUCUCGUGAUUCUAUAAUUCUACAUAUAUCUAUUGGAGCUAUAUCAUUACUUUUUGUUCUUCUAGCAUGGGCAUAUGAAAAUAGAGACCUUGUUAUUAGAGUAUAUAAGAAGUUUUGGAAAAAAGAAGACAAAGUUUCUCUUGAUUAG